AUGGUAGAUGGUAGAUCAGGAUCAUCCCACACUCUCUGGCCCCCUGGUGAUGCUCUGGUGAUGGUUGUGCGUGGCAACGUGACGCUGCCAGGCAAUGACCUGAAGGUGUACUUUGACCUGGUGUUUCCUGUUCCUGCAGGAGCUUGCCGAGGGUGUCACCUCAACGAUGGCUACCAGGACGAGAGCUGGCUGCUGGAGGAGGAGGAGCAGUCUGCCGGAGGGAAGACCAGGCAGGUGCGGGAGGUCACGCUGGAUGAGAGGUCCUUCUGCCAGCAAGACCUCCCUGUCGACCACCAGCCGCGCACCAGAGUCAACACUACGGAUAGGGUGGCGCGGCUGAGGGCCCAGAUGUCGAGGAAGGGGUUCGACGCCUACAUUAUCCCCACCGACGACGAACACCAGAGCGAGUACGUGGCGUCCGCUGACAGACGUCGGGAGUACAUCAGCGGCUUCUCUGGCAGUGCCGGCACUGCCGUGGUGACCAGUGACCUCCAGGCACUGUGGACGGACGGCCGCUACUUCCUGCAGGCCGACACCCAGCUCGACUGUCACUGGCUCCUCAUGAAGCAGAAGAACCUUGGGGUGCCCGGGAUGGUGGAGUGGCUGCGUCAGAAACUGGCGCCGGGCUCCAAGGUGGGCGCCGACCCUCGACUCAUUGGGGCCAAGACCUGGCUCUCCUACGCUGAAGACUUGAGCAAGUCUGACAUCACACUGGUGGCGGAGGAGACGAACCUGGUGGACCUGGUGUGGCCGUCGAGUGAGCGCCCGCCCUACUCUGAAGAACCUAUUUUCAUCCACGAACUCCAGUUCGCAGGUAAACGGUGGGAGGACAAGGUGGCGGACGUGCGGCGAGAGAUGCUGAAGGAAGGUGCGGACCUGCUGGUGGUGACGGCGCUCGAUGAAGUGGCUUGGCUCCUCAACCUUCGGGGCAGCGACAUACCUUACAACCCAGUGUUCAGGAGCUACGUGUUGGUGGGGAGGGAGAGUGUAGACCUGUACAUCCCCAAGGACAAGAUCACCCCGCAGGUUGACAACCAUCUUCGCGUCAACCAGUGCCACGGCCAGGAGUGUGUUGUGAUCAACGAGUACUCGGCCGUCUUGAACCGCCUGCGAGCCCUCAAGGUCCGCAACACCGUCAAGAAGGUGUUGAUGGGGGCCAAGUACUCGUACUCCGGAGGGGCGUCUUACGCUGUCUACUCGGCCGUGCCUGAGGAGAUGCGGGCGCUGGUCACGUCUCCGGUGCUGCUGAUGAAGGCCCGCAAGAACGCAGUCGAAGUCGACGGCAUGAAGAGGGCCCACAUUAAGGACGCCGUCGCUCUCUGUGACUUCUUAGCGUAUUUGGAACAUGAGGUGAUCGAUGGGAAGUACUGGAGCGAGAUGUUGGUAGCGGAGAGCCUGGCAGAAUACCGGGCCCGGCAGGACGACUUCAUGGGUAUCUCCUUCGCCACCAUCAGCGCCUUCGGCUCCAACGGGGCCGUGGUGCACUACAACCCCGUGCAGGAGACCAACAAGCAGAUCUUUAACACAUCCUUGUUCCUCCUCGACUCUGGCGGCCAUUACAAGGACGGGACGACGGACGUGACCCGGACGAUGCACUACGGGGAGCCGACGCCCUUCCAGGUGGAGGCCUACACCAGGGUGUUGAUGGGCGCCAUCGACCUGGCCAGCCUGGUCUUCCCCGAGGGCACCGGAGACUCCGACGUCGACAUUUUGGCGCGCAGAGAGCUGUACGCGGUGGGGCUGGACUACCGCCACGGCACGGGUCACGGCAUCGGCAUGUUCCUUAACAUCCACGAAGCACCUAUACAGGUCAGAAUAUAUGGCAGCGAGGAACACAAAUUCGAAGUUGGACAUUUCUUCUCGGACGAGCCGGGGUACUACCAGGAUAACGACUUUGGCAUCCGUUUGGAGACUAUCCUCGCUGUCGUUCCCAAGGACACUCCAUAUCAUUUUGAUAAGAGGUCACUGGGAUUUGAGACUGUUACUCUGGUGCCGUUCGAGCCUAACCUCAUCAACAUCACCAUGUUGACCAGCAAGCAGUGUGAGUGGCUGAACGCAUACCACUCCCGCGUGAGGAACGUCGUCGGGCAGGAAAUGUUGCAACAGGAUCGCCGACAAGGCUACGAGUGGCUCCUGGCGAAGACUGAGCCCAUUCCCUGCGUGAGCCUCCACCACAACGGCUCCCCAGAACCAGAGGAACUAAUAACACGCGCAAGUCUGCAGUCAGGGAAGAGAGAGGCGGCCCCGGAGGUGAACGUAGGCCAGAGGACGCUCUGUAGCGCACACCACCAGUCGGAUGUCCGCGUCAACACCUCUACCCAGGUGAGGAUGCUGCGACAAGAGAUGGUCAACCACCGGCUGGACGCCUACAUCAUCCCUAUGUCCGGCGAGCAGGACGGUUACGAAGCAGACGCGGAGCGGCGUCUCCAGUACGUCUCGGGGUUCAGUGGAGGCUCGGGGGAGGUGGUGGUGACGGCGGAGCACCAGGCGCUCUGGACGGAUGGUCGAUACUUCCUCCAAGCUGACAGCGAACUCGACUGUGAUUGGUUGCUCAUGAAAGAGCAGCUUGAUGGGGUGCCAACGAUUACAGAGUGGCUGAGAGAGAAGCUAACAAGUGGUGCCAAAGUGGGCGCCGACCCCAGGCUCAUAGCCUCAGACACCUGGAAGAAUUACGCCCAGGAACUUGAGAAGUCAGGCAUCGAGCUGGUAGCAGAGGAAACCAAUCUGGUGGACCUAAUAUGGCCCUCAAGGGAGAGGGCAGCCUUCGUCGACGACCCCAUCUACAUACACGAGCUCCAUUUCGCAGGUAAGAAAUGGGAGGACAAGGUGGCUGAGGUGAGAGCAGAGAUGGAAAAGCAGGGAGCCGACAUAUUCGUCAUCACCGCUCCAGACGAAGUGGCUUGGCUCCUCAACUUACGGGGCAGCGACGACCCCAACACCCCAGUGUUCAGGUCGUACGUGAUGAUCGGACGGAACAACGUGGAGGUGUUCGUACCCUCCGGCAAGAUCACCCCGGCCGUCGACAACCACCUCAACGUGAACCAGUGCGGCGAGCACGAGUGUGUCACCAUCACCGAGUACUCUGCCAUCCUCAACCGUCUUCGGGCCCUCAAACUCAACAACGGGAUCACUAAAGUCAUGCUGGGCUCCAAGUACUCUUACUCUGGCGGCGCCUCCUAUGCCAUCUACUCCGCGGUACCGGAGGAGAAGCGGUUCAUGACGAUUUCUCCUGUGCUACAAAUGAAGGCGCGGAAGAACCCGGUGGAGACGCUGGGGAUGAAGAAGGCCCACAUCAGGGACGCCGUCGCCGUCUGCGACUUCCUGGCCUUCAUGGAGAGGGAGAUAACUUCGGGUAACUUCACCGACGAGAUCCGGGCGGCGGACAAGCUCCUGGAGCUACGGAGUCAACAGGAGCACUUCGUCGGGCUCUCCUUCCCCACCAUCAGCGCCUUUGGUUCUAACGGCGCCAUCAUCCAUUACCGGCCGCGCCAAGACACCAACCUGGAGAUUACCAGAGAGUCCCUCUAUCUGGUAGACAGUGGGGGACAGUACAAGGACGGGACGACGGACGUGACCCGGACGAUGCACUACGGGGAGCCGACGCCCUUCCAGGUGGAGGCCUACACCAGGGUGUUGAUGGGCGCCAUCGACCUGGCCAGCCUGGUCUUCCCCGAGGGCACCGGAGACACCGACGUCGACAUUUUGGCGCGCAGGCCGCUGUACGAGGUGGGGCUAGACUACCGCCACGGCACCGGCCACGGAAUCGGACACUUCCUCGGUGUCCACGAAGCCCCGACGCAAGUAAGGAUCUACGGCAAGGAAGAACACAAACUGGAAGUGGGCCAGUUCUUCUCUGACGAGCCGGGAUAUUACCAGGACGAGGAGUGGGGGAUCCGCCUGGAGACCAUCCUCACCGUAGUCACCAAGACCACCAAGUACAAAUUUGACAAGCGGUCUCUGGGGUUCGAACCUGUGACUCUUGUUCCCUUCGAAGCCAAACUCAUCAACCUGACUCUCCUUGGUGACUCCCAGUGUGAGUGGCUCAACAGCUACCACGCGCAGGUCCGCUCGGUGAUUGGUCCAGAGCUUGUGAGGCAGGGUCGAGAGGAAGCCAAUGAUUGGCUGAUGAGGAAAACCGAGCCCCUGAACUGCCCCCGCUCCCGCCAGCAACCUCAGUAUAAAUCAAGCAAGGACGAUACCACCACCACCUCUUCCAGCACCUCCACCAGCAGCACCAGCACCACCAGCACCACCACCACCAGCAGCACCAGCAGCAGCACCAGCAGCAGCAGCACUACCACCACUAGGCAACACACCACCUUCAAGACAGUGGAGUACUCCUCCUCAGCCGUGAGCACCGUGCAGGAGGCGGGUAAGGUGAUGUCAGACGGGGCCUCAGCACCCACCUUCCCCGCUGGUCUCCUGGUCUUGGUGGCAUUUGUCACUGUAAACAAUUUCAUGUUGUGUUGACUGGGACGCGCGUGAAAGGGGGUAGACUCAAUGUGCUUUCCUAAAACACUUCCCUAAGUGAUAUCAAUUGAAAUUAUAAUUAAUUAUCUAUAUAAUUAUGUUCGAAUAUAUAUUUAUAUUUACCUUACCUGAGGGCCACCAUCUCUAGUAACCUCGACGAGGACAGGAAGAUUGCGGCUUGUGAAAUGUCCCCACGUUUUUCCUCGGAAAUUUUUUCCAUCUUGAUUUUGAACUGAAAUGAUGUCUUGGCAUUUACGGCUUCGGGUGGUAGGUAGUUCCAUGAGUUUAUAACCCUCUUGAGAGAAAAAGCAUCUCCUGUAUUUUGUCCUACAUUAUGGCUUAUUGAGCGUGAAGCUCUUGCAACGUUUUGGAUGAGAAACGAAGACACUAACAGUUAUCAUUCGAGGCUGCUAUAGGCCCGAAAGCUCGUACCUAAAAGGAUCUUGAAAGUGAUACUAAUAAUUGCGCUUCCCAGUACCGUUAAAAUUACUGAAAGGGUUACACAACCUUUUGUGUGUCAGGCUGUGCCAAGAAACGUUUUGCUUGUAUCAGGAUGAGUUUUAUCUGUGUUGAACGUUCAUGCGUCAUGAUACAUGUGCGUGUGGCAGGAAUAUGUUUAUAGGUAUCAUAGUAGCUUGUAUUGCUUGUGAGAUGUACAUGUUGUAGGUUCUUGUAUUGUACCUGUAAAUGGAGUGAAAGCCUUGAAUAGAGAGAGCCAGUGUGUACAUUAUUCCUGUGAUACUUGUACUUGAUAAUGCUAUCUGAUUUUGUUUACUUCUUUGUCGUAACAAUUCUGAGUUUACGUAUUCUUUGUCCUGUCUCUCUCUAGUUCAAUGAUUGUAUAUAUAUGUAUGUAUGUGUUUGUAGUUAGGUAUCAUUUGGGAGAUGAAAUACUUCAAGAGUCAGAGAGAGAGAGAAAGACCUGGGGAUUGAUAUCACGCCAGACCUGUCCCC